AUGGUGGGCAUCAUGAUAGGAGCGCCGAUGGCGCUAGUGACCUAUGGAAGUAUAACGGAUGCAAUCGUCAACAACGAGGACAAAACGUUCUCGUUGGAUAAGAACAAGACCGACAUUCCUGGGGUGGUUCUCGCCAAUAGGUUCUACAUGUCUGUAGGUGUUGGCGCUGCAGUUGGAUUAGGGUUUGGGUUUGUUGCCACUUUGGCUGCUGGAUCUGCAAAGAUAGCUAUGGCCACUCGAUCGAACGCUUCGACAGCCUAUGCUGACAUGAGAUACAGACUCUUGCCGAUGAGAUAG